ACGAAAGAUUACUUCCCCCACCUCCGCCGUGCCUCCUUCUCUCUCACUGUCAACUUCUCUGAAUUAUACCCCAUACCUGUCCACUCACGGCUGACUUGUCAACGUCUCUGUUUUUCUCCUUGUUUGUCCCGAUCUCUUCCGGAGUGCUUCGCUGCCUGCGACAGAAUCCAACAUGAGUUUGAAGGGCUUUCAGAAGAGCAUUGUCCGAGCGCCGCAACAGUUCAAGGCCAAAUUCAACAUUGGCGAACACACGAAGGACGCAGUCUAUAGUGAUGCAGAGCGGCGUUUUCAGGAACUCGAAACGGAGACUAAAAAACUGCACGAUGAAUCAAAGAAGUAUUUUGAUGCCAUUAAUGGUAUGCUAAACCACCAGAUCGAAUUCUCCAAGGCCAUGACAGAACUAUAUAAGCCGAUCUCCGGCCGCGCAUCGGAUCCAAGCUCGUAUACGAUUGAAGGCAACCCCGAAGGCAUCCAGGCUUGUGAAGAAUACGAAGCGAUUGUACGCGAACUCCAGGAAUCGCUCGCGCCCGAGCUGGAAAUGAUUGAAAGCCGCAUUAUCAGCCCUGCGGAUCAGUUGCUGGAGGUUAUUAAAGUGAUCCGCAAAGUCGCAGUAAAACGAGACCAUAAGAAGCUGGACUACGAUCGGCAUAGGGCCUCCCUCAAGAAGCUCCAAGACAAGAAAGACAAGUCUCUCAAGGAUGAAAAGGCUCUCUAUAAGGCUGAAAACGAUGUGGAACAAGCCACUCAGGAAUAUAACUAUUAUAACGACUUGCUCAAGGAUGAGCUGCCGAAAUUGUUUGCCCUCGAAGCAGAAUUCAUUCGACCACUGUUCCAGUCCUUCUACUACAUGCAACUGAACGUCUUCUACACUCUUCAUGAAAAGAUGCAGGGGAUGAACAUUGGCUACUUCGACCUCACGUUGGAUGUCGAGGAAGCGUUCGAGAAGAAACGCGGCGAUGUUAAGGAACGUGCUGAAGAGUUGACCAUUGUUCACUUCAAGACCAAGGGUAUCCGUCAACAGAACUCGAAAUUUGGCAAGGACAAGUUGGAAAAGGAGAACAAGUUUUCCCCGCGGCAGAAGGAUCCCGAUGUCGUUGAAAAUCCUCCCCCUCCUUAUUCUGCUGCAACAAGCGGCGGUAGCAGCAGCUUUGUUGCGGCCGCCAAAUCCAAAUCGAAGCCAGCUCCUCCGCCCCCGAAGCCGAAGCCAGCCAGAUUCGCCGCACCGGUGGAAACGGUCACAGCACUGUAUGAUUAUGAAGCGCAAGCACAUGGUGAUCUCAGUUUCUCGGCGGGAGAUGUCAUCGAGAUUGUGCAACGGACGGAUAACCAGAACGAAUGGUGGACUGGUCGUGUCGAUGGACGCGAAGGCCAAUUCCCUGCAAACUACGUCCAAUUCAGCUAAUUCACUCCUCCCGCGCUAUAUAUCGCUUCUUAUCUCGUUCAUGCGAAUAUCGUUCUAGUGUAGCAGGAGUUUGCGGUGUAGCACUAUCUCCGAGCUUGCAAUUCUUACUCACUCUUCCUAGUCGCUUGCUUUGCUCCAACUCGUCUUGCAUAUUAUCUAUUGCGUGGCAUAGACUUUUGCAUGGUAAUAAUCGUUCACAUGUAU